GAUUCAAAACAGAUCUCCCCCACCCAACCGCCACCGCGUGCACGCACAUUCACGUUUGCAAAUCCACACGCGGCAGUACGAACACAGGCGAAUCAACACGGACAAGCGUUGUGCAAUUCCGCGUACAACAUUUUCAUCUGCUCGCACGCACAGUCUCCAUUCUCAAUUGCACUUUCGCGGAUCGUAGGCUUUCGCGCUCGGGAAGCUCGUGCUAAUUGUGCGUUCGCGCAAAUCUGCGUUUUCUGCGAAUGCAGUCGCGUUUCUGCUGCUGCAUUCCCGUCCCCCGUGCACACAAAAGGGCACCAUUAUCGAAUCAGCUGUUUUGUUGUGUUGUACACUCCGUUUCCCUGUGUGUGCGCGUGCUGUAGAAUGAAAUCCAAGCAAGCUGGCCUGUGGAAAGAAAGGAACAAGCCUGGCGCGCCAUUACAGCCCCGUUUGUGCGCAAAACAUUAAGAACGUGCGAAGAAAAGGAACUGUUUGUGUUUUGUUAAAGUGUGUGCCUUGCCCUUUGCCCCCAUAGCAGUGCGCUGGCAGGCGUAGAACGGAAAUCGAUUCACCUGGCCUGUGUGUGUGUGCGCGCUUUUUUUGCACAUCCCACGGCAACAUAUGCGCGCAAAGGCACAACAUUGUUUCAAGGUCGACGGUCAGCUCGAAGAUUUCGCGAUAAUCCUUUCCGAGCGGGGGGCCAUACCUACACCAUUCCUAACGAACGUUGACACAUUUUUCCGUGCGAAAAAAACGAUUUAUUUUUCCCGAAAAUAGGGCAUGAGAAUUUUGUGAAAAGUUUUCCUAUAGUGUUUUAAGUGCAAAUGUCACUCGACUAUUAGAAAAAUCGAUUCAAACGAAUGCCAACUAGAAAGUGUUCCAACGUCCCAGUGAAAACAUAACCACCAGCACCCGACUGGGUGACACAAUGCCCGCCGGACGACGAAACCGCCGUGCGUGUGGCGUCUCAACGUGAGCAUAACCUGGUAUUAUCGACACGCAAUCAUAGACCGCGGUCAUCCCGGUGUAUGAUUUUGCAGAACGAAAGCGGCAAUAGCAAAAAACAACAACAACAGCAAAAACAUUAUUUGACAAAAGCCAUGUGCAACGAGCCGUCCGCCACAGCAGCACAGCAGUAGACGCGUGUUCAGCCCCGGUUGCCUAUCUCGCCCACUCCGUGUGUUUUGGUGCACUUCAAACAAAAGCGAUGACGAUAGUGGCAGAAAUCUAACAGGCAAGACAAACAGAGCACCUUCCCGCUCCCCCGCCGCCCCACGCACAAGCCUCCCCUCGGUCAACAAAAACAAUUUUCGAUGGAUCAACACAUGGCACACGGUGGCGAAGGAGGUGGCAGUGGCAGUAGCACCGUCAGCUUACUAGCAACGAUGGCACAGGCAAUGCGACACCUUAAUGCCACACUCACGACCGGCGGCGGAGUAGGCAGUGGACUACACCACCCACCGUCGCCCAUCGCCACCAUCGUUGGGCUGCCCGCACUGCUCGACACGGUGGCGACAACACCCUUUCACAAUGGCACUUUUGGUGCCGGCGGGCUCAUUAGUGCGACACCGCAGAACGACACCGGCGACGACGGUGCGCCGACGAUCUCGAUGGACAAUCUCUACCCGGCGCUGAUCCAGUGCUUCGCCAUCAUCAUCUGCGGAUAUCUUGCCGGGCGGCUCAACAUCAUCAGCAACUUUGAAGCGAAAGGGCUGAACACGUUCGUCGGCACGUUCGCGCUGCCGUCGGUGAUCUUUCUCUCCCUGGCGGAGUUGGACUGGAGCACGGUGAACUGGAACUUUCUGCUGUCGAUACUGAUCGCGAAGACGAUCGUGUUCCUGUCGGUGGCCAUCAUCUCGCUGCUGGUCGCCCGUCCGGUCAACUAUGGGCGGGCAGGGCUGCUGGCCAUCUUCUGCACCCAGAGCAAUGAUUUCGCAAUCGGCUAUCCAAUCGUGUCGGCACUGUACUCCAAAAUUCAUCCCGAGUAUGCGUCGUACAUUUACCUGCUGGCACCGAUCUCGCUGGCCAUCCUCAAUCCGAUUGGCUUCGUGCUGAUGGAAAUCUCCAAAAUUAAGGAAAAGAAUGCAGAAAACAAUACGUCUACCGAUGAGAAGGCUAAUGCACCACCGCCAGCCUGCCCCCAAAUGGCCGCCCAAAACCGGCGCAAGAUACUGAAAGGCAAGGCGUUGGUCGUGUUCAAGAUGAUUGAAUCGAUUUUCUUCAACCCGAUCCUGCUCAUGACGCUGCUCGGUGUGAUUGGGGGACAAAUUUUCCCCAACGGGCUGCCCGUGUACCUGUCGAGCGUGUUACGCUCGCUGGGCAAUUCCUUCUCCGCCACCGCCCUGUUCCUGCUCGGGCUGCGCAUGGUGGGCAAAGCGUCGGCACUGCAGGGCCCGGGACUGAUCCUGCCCGGGAUACUGAUCCUCGUGAAGCUGCUCGUGUUUCCGCUCGUAACGCGCCAAACGGUCAACAUCAUGAAUGCGGGUGCGAACUUUAGCGAAACGACCGAUCUGAGCACGUUCGGCUUCCUGUACGGUACGUUCCCGGCCGCACCGGGCGUAUUUGUGAUCGCCUCCCAGUACAAUCGCGAUGUCGAUUUGAUUGCCACGAGCAUGGUUGCGUCGACAUUCAUCAGUGCGCCGCUAAUGUUCAUCUCGGCGAAAAUGAUCACGAUCACCAACCUGACGCCGGCCGACUAUCUGAACGAGCUGGACAAGUUCUCGUUCGACAUCAGCAUCGUGGCGAUCGUGGCGGGCGUUUGGACGCUGCUGCUGUUUGCGCUCACGCGCAAGGUAAAGCGCAUGCCGCACCGCAUCACGUGCUGUCUGCUCGUGUCGCAGCUGAUCUGCAACGUGGGCGUGAUACUGUGGUCGACGCUCGAGCAAAACAGCCGCUGGAAGAUGUACCUGCAGUUUUACUUCUUCACCAUCGGCUGCUACAGCAGCCGGCUGUGGACGGCGUUCCUCGCGAUCACGAUACUGUUCCUGCAGUGUCGCAGCCUGUGCUUUGUGCUCAAGCUGUGGCCAGUGUUUAUCGCCGCGGCUUGGGGUUUACCGACGCUGAUCGUUUCGCUACUCCUGUUCGUGGACAGCAAAAACAUUGUCCCGACGGAGAAGCGCAAUCCAAGCUUUCAGUACGGCAACGCGCAGGCCGCCAUCGCCGUCUUUCUGCUGGUGAUGUGCUUCAUCGUGACGGUUGGCUGUUUGAUAUUGCAUCAACGGUUUAAGAAACGGCACGAGCGCUAUCUGACCCUGUCGCGGGAAGUGUCUUCGCCGGACACGGACUCGAGUCCCGUCACUACCAGCUCGGUGGUGAACUUGCUAGCGGACGGAGGAGGAAAUUCUACUAUCCACCAGCGAAGGCGCCGUUCGGUAACGUCGAGCGAUGAUGAAAUCCUUCCCGCUAGGAUUGUAGCUGCUGCUGCUGCUGCUGCUAGUGUUGGUGGUGGAUGUGGAACAGCACCGCCAGCUGCCAACGGAAGUGCAUGUAGCAGUGAUGGUAGGGGUGGAACCGGUGGUUGUUGCAGCAGUUCGUCCGGCACGAUUCGCACCGUGGUGGAUAUUGAGGAUCUCGCUAUCGGUGCCAGUAUUAAUAACGAUGUGAACGAACCUGGUUCGUCAACGCUUCAAACGAGCGGCAUGUGUUCGGCACAGUUUAACUGUCCGGCGGCCGGUAAGCAGCAGUGCCAGUCGCUGAUCGAUCGGUACCGGGAGCAAGCGAACGAUGGGCUCGAACCGGUAGAGUACGAUAAAACUGGCGACCAGCAGCAGAUACUCCGGCACAUGGUGCUGCUAAUACUGCUCCUCUGCUCCAUGUUCGUCGGCCUAUCGCUCUCCGUGUGGACGCUCAUCAUGGAGGGUAUGUCGGGCAUCUACGUCGAGCUGACGUUUCUCGACGCGUUCCUCAACUUUGGCCAGUGCAUCAUUGUGCUGGCCGUGUUCGUUACCGACACCGGCGAGCUGCUGCUGCCAAUGAUGAAGUUCUGGCGCAAGGUUUGGUACGGUGCGAACCUGCUGCAGCUGCCGAUCUGGAGCGACCUCAGCACGGAAACGAGACACAUCUGCGACCAGUUCACCACGCACCACUUGGAGGUGUGCCGGAAAGCGAUCGCGAAAGACAUACGCUGGCGCAUCAAGGUGUACCGGCGGGUGUUUUACGGUAGCGUGUUUGUCGAUUGGCUACUGGAGGUGGGACUCGCCAAGGAUCGGACCGACGCCACGCACUACGCUCGCCGACUGAUUGAUGGACGCGUCCUGCGGCACAUCAACAACGUGUACCACUUUCACGAUCGCAAUCUGCUCUACACGUUCUGUGAACGGCUGUAAAGCGUGUCAACGACCGAAAACGGCACUGGCAAUGAAAGCGGGGGUAAAGGAUGGGGAGAAAAAACUCACUCCACUGCAACUAUUUUACACUGUGCAGCCAAUGUCGUUCGUGCAGAGAGAGAAAAAGAGUGAGAGAGAGAUUCGGGAGGAAUGUAGUAGUACCAAAUAAGCACCGGACAAUCCUCCUUACUCCUGUGUUGUAUUCCUCUCCUUGCACGGCCAAAGCGAUAACAGAAAGUAAUGUUGUAGUUGUUGUUGAUUUUUUUCGCCUCUCAAGCGAUAACCGUCUCCUAACCGAUAACCGGUAAGAUAGGAGCGAAAACGGGAUAGUUUUACCUAUCAAAAGACAUCACCCACCAACUUUCAGGGGUGCGGUGGUGAAGAGUUAUUUAUGAAAAGCUUUCAUAUUUAUGUUACGCAUAUUGCUCUGGAAUAACUAUUUUGAACUCCUUUCCUCAUGUACUACCCGGCGUGUUUUGUGUGUUUGUGUGUGUGGAAUGGUUGGUGAGAUUGGGUGGAAACUUGGAAAGGCAAGCUGCUGGUAGCCCAUCCAACCCACCUGUGUGAUAAUAACGGGUUGACCCCCGCAAGCAGCUCAAACGAAAGCACAAUCGUACGGGAGAUGAUGUUACGAUGAUGGGGCAGAUGUUUUUACACGCCCGAGAUCUUGUGCAACAAUGGCCAAAAAGGUAGUGCGAGCACACGGAGAGUGUUUAAGCAAUCCCACACUACACUACACUGUAUGCUAUUGCAUCUAGAUGAACACCAAACACCAUACAAACGCAAAACGCUAAUGGUGCACAAUAAUAUAAAGUGCUGUGCUUUUAGUAGAGAGAUUGAAACGUGUACUUUACACCGUAGAACAUACAAGUAUUGAAAAUGGGGGGGUGAAAUAACAACACUUUUUGCGUGUAUGAAAGGCUCAGUGCUAGUAAAGAGAAGGCUGAGCUGUUUGCUGAGUGCUGCGGAGGUAAAGAACUGUUGUGUAAUGUAUGUUGUAUAUGCGGCGCUAGAGUGUAGCAAAUAAAUAAAAUAUUUAUUAUUUUAAACAUA